UUGUGUUAGUGUUUCCUGUCGAGUCUUGAUUCCCGUGAAGGAGUUGCACAGUGAAGGCCCUGUUGAGAAUUAAUCAUGUUCUCUGCUGCCUGUGACUGAGGCUGUUUCUCAGGACCUGCCCCUGUUUCACUUGUUCUGAGGAUUUUGUGUGAAGGGCAGGACAUUCCCUCACCUCCCCCCACCCUAACUAGAGCCUGCAAUCAGGACCAAUGAAAGCAAAGCGCCUCAUCCACCCAGUGACUAAGAGCUGUGAGUAUUUAAGAGGUAGCAGGAAUGGGCUGAGAAUUGCUUUUGCUUUCUCCACAGACAGGCACACUCUCAGCUGACUUGGGGUGUCUGAGUUGAAGACAGAGGAAAGCGGGGGAAAGCUCACAGCUCCCUGCACCACCAUGUGCUUCGGCAAAUGCGCGCGAUGUAUAGGGCUUUCCCUGGCCGGGCUCGCCGUCCUCUGCAUCGUAGCUAAUAUUUUGCUUUACUUUCCUAACGGGGAGACAAGGUUUGCCUCUGAAAACCACCUCAGCCGCUUCGUGUGGUUCUUUUCUGGCAUCGUGGGAGGGGGCUUGCUGAUGCUCCUGCCAGCAUUUGUGUUUAUUGGGCUGGAACAGGAUGACUGCUGUGGCUGCUGCGGCCACGAAAACUGCGGCAAGAGAUGCGCGAUGCUCUCUUCUGUCCUGGUGGCCCUCAUCGGACUCGCAGGAUCUGGCUACUGCGUCAUCGUGGCAGCCCUGGGCUUGGCGGAAGGACCAUUAUGUCUGGAUUCCUCUGGGGAGUGGAACUACACCUUUGCCAGCACUGAGGGACAGUACCUUGUAAACACUUCCACCUGGUCCCAGUGCACGGAACCCAGGCACGUGGUGGAAUGGAAUGUAUCCCUGUUUUCUAUUCUCUUGGCGCUGGGUGGAAUCGAAUUCAUCCUGUGCCUCAUUCAAGUUAUAAAUGGAGUACUGGGAGGCACAUGUGGCUAUUGCUGCUCUCGCCAGCAGCGAUAUGACUGUUAAAAGAACCACCCCAAGACAGAAGCACAACUUGCCCUCGAUUUCAUUGUAAUUUAUACAUUUUCCUUGUAUUAAUAUGUAAAACUUUGUACUAAUGUAUCAUAUUCCACAUAUUCUACUUUUAUAAACACGUAUGAAGACUGGCAUCUUCACAUGAUGUCAGUGUUUGAACUCAGCAAAUAAACUUUUUUAAGGAAUGAUUACCCCACAGGGGGUAAUUUAUAGACUGGACAACAGCCCUCAGCAUAUUUCAGAUAGACUCUGCAAUGCUUUGGGUAAAAAUAUCAUUCCAAUUAUGAUUGUGUAUAUAUGCAUGUGUUUUUUAAAUGACAGAUGUCCAGUUCCUUUUUUAGACAAAGAAGGAGAAAAUACAACCUGAAAAGAUGUGUUUUUUCACUGUUUAUAUGGUGUUUCCCAUUCAGAUACCUACAAAUCUCCAGUGAGGGGCCUUUUGAACUGCUCUGUGUUUUGAGAAAGGCGAAUACUUGCCCAGAGUGGAGGACUAAUCGAGAAUGUUCCCAUCAAAACGAAUGAGUUAAAACAUACAAUGGCUGCUAGUUGCUUUGAGUACUAUCAGAUCUUAAAUUUUUCUAACAUAUGGGGAGCUUUUUGUUCUUUUUUUUUCUUUUUCCAAAGGUAAUGUGUCUUUAUUGCAGCCAUUAGGAAAAUAGGGAGCUUUUUGUUCUUAAAAGACAAGCACUAUGGAUCAUGUGUUUGAAGAGAGAAAGGCCAGGAUACUUGGAUAAGAUGAGAGACGGGAAACGGAAUAAAGCAGUUGAUGGACCUAACGGGAAAGGGUGGGAAAGCCACAAGAAACCCCGCCUCCCCCCAAUCUCACUUGUUUACAAUAAAAUAUUCAGCAGCA